AUGCCAAGACCAGGCCAAAGACCGUACGAGUGUGUUAGAAGGGCUUGGCACAGCGAUAGGCACCAACCCAUUAGGGGAUCUGUUAUUCAAGAAAUUUUCAGGGUUGUGAAUGAGGUUCAUUGCCCAGCUACAAGAAAGAACAGAGAGUGGCAGGAGAAGCUUCCCAUUGUUGUCUUGAGAGCUGAAGAAAUUAUGUACUCUAAAGCCAACUCUGAGGCUGAGUACUCGGACUUUAAAACAAUUUGGGAGAGAGUGAAUGACGCGAUUAACACCAUAAUUCGGAGAGAUGAGAAUACUGAAACUGGAAAAGAAUUUUUGCAGCCUUGUAUAGAAGCUGCACUGCAUUUGGGAUGCACCCCUCGAAGAGCAUCUAGAAGCCAGAAAAACGACACACCUAGAUAUUACCUCAGGCCCGAAACUUCAGAAAACGUCUCUGUUCCCAUCCCAAAUAACAGCCCGGGCACUAAACCUUACCCAAAUCCCAAAACAAUAAAUCCCAUCAUGAUCCCUCACAAACCACAAUUCUCCUCCAUUGGCACCAUGAAACCCUCGAGUUCUUGCUUCAAGGGUGAUGAUCACCGUAUUUAUAACAGAAAUUUUAGUUCUGUUAAGAAAGUUCCCGCCUUUGGUCCGAUUGAUAGUCAUCACCAAGCACAUUCACCUUCAACGUGGUCUGUCUACCCAUUGUACUACAAUAAUAGUAGUCCAAUUCAGCCUGAUGAACUAAAGCUUUGUCCAUCGAGACCUUUGAAUUCAAGGUCUCGUCUUGAUGCACCAAAUUUUAUAUUUGGGUCCAAUCUCGAAAGUAACUCGAGCACAAUACAAGGGAUGGAGUGCGAUUUGACUUUGCGGCUGGGCUCUCCAGUGGCUCCAUGUGCUGGUGUUGGGAAUAAUUGGCCCUCUCAAGAUAGAAGCAAGCAGCCUAGACAUGAAGAAAUCUGGCGAAUGAGAAAAGACUUUCACCCUCACUUGGGCUGA